CGCAGCUGGUGGUGGUCAUCUUCGUCAACAGAUCACUUUUCCCACGCAACCAUGGAGUCAGUUCAGCAAUCCAUCCAGUCCCUUAUUCUGGAUCCUCUUCAGCCUUAUCUCCGGCCCAUCACGACAUCUCUUCCCGAUCCAGUUAGCAACGCCCUCAUCUCCCUCCUCGGCGACAAAUGUUAUACCUCCCUAAUCCUCGCCGUUGACAUCACAAAAGAACCGGCCUGUCUCCCACUUGCGAUCUCCAAAGCCUUAGGUCUUGCGAUCGUUGCAUUCAGCGCAAUCGUCAAAGUUCCUCAGAUCCUUAAACUGCUCUCGUCACGAUCGUCUGCAGGCGUUUCUUUCACUUCGUACGCACUCGAAACAACCAGUUUGCUCAUCACCCUUGCGUAUAAUGCACGCCAAAAAUUCCCAUUUAGCACCUAUGGCGAAGCAGCGUUGAUUGCAGUACAAGAUGUUGUGGUCGGGGUUUUGGUCUUGGUUUUCUCCGGGCAGGCUGCAAGCGCUGGCGCCUUUUUAGCAGCCGUAGGCGGAGUCAUCUAUGCGCUUUUGUUUAGCGGAGAGACUAUUGUGGAUAAUAGCAUGAUGGGAUAUUUGCAAGCCGGCGCCGGUGUCCUGGGUGUGGCCAGCAAAGUACCUCAGAUUUGGACCGUGUGGUCUCAAGGUGGUACAGGUCAAUUGAGCGCCUUUGCGGUGUUCAAUUACCUCCUUGGGUCCCUCUCGCGCAUCUUUACAACUCUGCAGGAGGUCGAUGAUAAGCUCAUUCUCUAUGGCUUCAUCGCAGGAUUUUCUCUCAAUCUCAUCCUCGCUAUGCAAAUGGUUUACUACUGGAAAUCUCCCACCGUCGCUUCGGAGAAACCGUCGGAGAAGGCUCGUCCAGUACAACGAAUGGAAGAGGUGAAAAUCCCCGUUGCAAAGAGCACUGGCAUCUCUCCCAGUCCCUCUGGAAAAGGCCCAAGUACAAGGCGACGGGGAUGACUUUCAUUCGUCUUUUAAUUCAUUGGAAUUCUCAGUUAACUCCGUGCAGAUUAAUGCCCCUAUAUGCAAUGUAAAAUAACAAAAGUAUUAAUAUCACCUUCUAAUCCAGUUUGAUCCCAUCUCACAUCUCCGGUAAAUAUGCAAUCACGGCAUCUAUUCAGACCAGUCGUAAUCAUGGUAUCAUAUUAAAAAGAGCUCCUUGAAUGGUAAUAACAAGCUCUUCCACAACUUCCAGCAAAUCAAUCCGGGUUAUCUUGGCCUCGGCGGCGCACCCGUCAUCAUAAAUCGGAAAAUGUCAUCAAGUGGCAUACCAGGCGCCACAGGUUUCGAAGGGAUGUGACUGCUCCCUCUAGCAAUAUCAAAUUCCACGCCCGAACCCCCACCAGCCUUAGUAUGUGCGCCCACGACCACUUCCAUCUCUUCGCCCUGCAUAUCCUCCUCCUCCUCCUCCUCCUCUUCAUCCUCCUCGUCACCUUCAUCAAGUUGUCUCUUCAGCCCCGUAAUAACAUUUUUCACACCCAUUUCCUUUUCUUCCAGCGUAUAGUCGCCACCCCAAUCCCUCCGUCGAGCCUCCAUAUUCGCUGCGAUGGGGGCCCAGUGCCACAGAUCAAGUAACUCAUCCACGGAUAGGCGGACAGUCUCACCUUCUGCCGCAGCCCCCUGCUGCGCCCGGAUUUGCGAUGAAGCAGUAUUAUGCCUGGCUACAUUUCUUCCUCUAGCGACCCAUUCUUCUACGCGAGGUUCUAGUUUCGUGCGCAUUAGCUGGUGCAGGAUGGUCGACUCUGUGCGUCCUGGGAAGUUGGGCGUUGGAUAGGCGACGAUAGAAGAGAGGAGCUCUU